AUGAAUGAUGAAGAUAUUCGUGACAGAUUUAUGAAGUUACGGAGUGAGGAAAAUAAAAUUUGCUAUUUGCAGAGGUUAGCAGGUGUGGACAGACUUGGAAAAUCUUGUGAUCUUAUCAACCUACGAGUCAUGAGCAGCACUAGUGGUGGAGGAUCUAUUGGUGGUGGGUCGACCGAUGGAGAGUCUGUUGGUGGAAGAUCUGUUGGUGGAGGGUCUGUUGGUGGAUGGUUAGUUGGUAGAGGAUCGGUUGGUAGAGGGACUGUUGGUGGAGGGUCUCCUGAUAAUCAGAGUUUUGGAUUAGGCACAUGA